UGUGUCGUUCAAAACGGUUCUACCGAGCAUAAAACCAACACAAACAUUACAUCAGAGCAAGUAGUGCGAGUGUAUAAAGGGAAACACAGAUCAAUCGUAGUAGGCACUGAACGCAAGAGGACAAUUUUCUUUCGAGUGUGUUACGCCAUUUUGUGCAUUUGUGCAGUGUUUCGGGGAUUUUUAUAAACGAAAAAAAAAAAAGUAAACUUUUCACAGUUGUUUCUACUGGGCAUAUACGGUUAGCUGGUUAUCAUGGCAGAUAGUUUGGUGGAAACGCCCACAGCCAGUUCGGCCCAUUUAAUGAACCUAAACGUCAUCAACACGAUGUCGACCGGUGCGGGCGAUCCGGGAAGUUCCGCUUCCUCUUCGUCAUCCUCGUCCUCGUCGUCAUCGUCCGCUUCGUCCUCGAGUGUGGCCACGUCGUCUGGUUCUAAUGUGUCCGGCACCGUCGAACCGACUACCGGCACUGGUAGCAGCGGACGAUCGCCGACGGUUUUGAUUUCGGUCAGUGCCACGACCAGCUCGCAAACCACACGCCAGUCGAGCUUGGCCUCCGAUCUGCUGCUGAACGAGAUGAUAAAUAUCGCUCAUCAUCGUGCCUCGAUCGCGAACAACAAUGGCAACAGCCAGCAGCAACCGUCGUCCUCUUCGGCCCCGGCCGCCCCAUCCUCUUCGUCCAACGUAUCCUCCACCGGUGCGCCGACUGUUAGCUCACAGUUGUCCUCCGUACCUUCCACCGGCGAACAGACCCCCACCCUUAUCACGCUAUCCGCGACCCCCUCGUCCUCGUCGUCGUCGUCGUCGUCGUCCAAUGUGCAGCAGCAACCGCUGGAGCUGCUGCACCGCGAAACUCCCAAGCAGGCUCCGGCCAACCGCAAUGUGGGCACCACGAUCCAUGGUCGACCCGCCGACGAACGGGACGACUGUGGUGAACCGGAGGCGAAGCGCAAGAAAGUCGACAAACCGAGCGCAAAGGUCGAAAAGCUGGAACUCCGCCUCGGCGGUAUACUGUGCUGCGCCGUCUGUCUGGACCUGCCGCGGACCGCCAUGUACCAGUGCUCGAUGGGACAUCUGAUGUGCGCCGGAUGCUUCACCCAUCUGCUGGCCGACGGAAGACUGCGCGAUCAGAACGCCACCUGUCCGAAUUGUCGCACAGAGAUCAGCAAGAACAACUCGUCGCGUAAUUUGGCGGUCGAGAAAGCCGUGUCGGAGCUGCCGGCCGAAUGUCAGUACUGUUCGAAGGAGUUUCCGAACAAAUCGAUCGAUUAUCACGAAUCCACCGAUUGUGAGGAUCGCCCGACGGAUUGCAAGUAUGCACGCAUCGGUUGCCAAUGGCGUGGCCCAAUACAUGAGGUGUCCACGCACGAGGGAAACUGUGCCCAUCCGCGAAAGUCUGGCGCUGAUGUGAUGGUAGCUCUGCAGGCACAUGAUGUAAAGGCGGCCGAGGAUAAGAAACUGUUCCUCACGCUGAUCGAUUUGCUGAGCUAUGAGAAGAUCAUUUUUAACGAUUUGCAACUGAAACCGUACCGAACGGAUGAGUACGUUCAUCGUCUGUACUAUGAAACGAGUCGUUUCUCUGCCUUCAAUCAUCAGUGGGUAGUGAAGGCGAUCAUCAACAAAAGCCAGCGCGAUCCGCACGAGUCUUGCGAGCGCGACAUUACUUAUCAGCUCAUCCUGAAAUCCAAAACAACGAGCCCGUUGCCGAUGCACUUCUUUGUGCUUCGCGGUCCAUUUUCCGAUAUUAAGGUUGACACGCAAAUCUACAAGCACGAUUUUGCCGAUACGGAAACGGAAAGUCCGUUCAAGCUGCUGCCCCUGCCGGACACUGCCGAGUGUAACCGGCUGCUAGCGGCCAAGGCAAUCAAUUUCCGGUUAAUUAUGUUUUUGGCCUCCAAGUAAGAACAGCAACGGAGCGGCGCGUGGACAACGUGAGGAACGCAUAAUUGCUCCACAGCUUCGGAGUUUGAUUACAACAUAUAUAUAUAUAUAUGUAUGAUCGCAUACUGUUCUGAUAACUAACCUUGUAUCCCAAAUUGAGUUGCACACACAGUUGAUCAUUGCCUAGCGUGAUAUUUUGUCCCAUUUAUGUAAAAUGGUCUGCAAAUGAAAUGGGGUUUUUUUGUUUUGUGCUUCUGUAUUUUACAAUAACGUGAAAUGGAAAAGAAAAUGUUAGUUUCUGGCGUUUUAUUGUGCGUAACGGCACAGCUUAAAUUGUGCAAUUUUGCCCACGCGAAGAAGGACCAAAAAAAUGUGGACACAGUGUAUGUUCUGCUAUACUAGUAAUCCCCGCAAAGAUUGUACUUUGUUUUGCAACAAAAAAAAAAAAUAACAGUUUUCAGCGGUUUAUAAACAUUUGAACAGCUCAAACAAAAGUAACAAACCAACCUAUAAUGUGCUAUAGCCCUUCAAACAGUGAAUGUAGGAUCAGCUGGUUUUAUCUCAUCGCUCGAAGACCCGUAGCUAAUGCUAAGGUAUGCUUUGAGAUAAAGAUUAGUAUUACGUUGCCAUCUUCACGUUUAAAGUAAAAAUAAUGCAUGCAAAUAAUUAGCAGUAAACUAGAUUACAUUACACCGAACCGUGCAGAUAAUUCGAUUGCAAUCGAUGAUAUCGUUACAAAUGGAGCUCCAGUUUUGUUUGGAGGUUUUGUUUUUCUUUUAUCAUCUCCCUAUGGUAAUACUUGUUACGGUUAUUGGAAGGAGUUAUUGCUAAUCUAUCUUAACGAUUUACCACAUAAGCGUAUAUUAGAGAACGGUAAGCUUAUAUAAAUUCAGAACAGUGUGAUACAUGAAUUUUGCAAAGAUUGAAUAAGCAGGCAAGGGUUCGCGAGCAACCAGGAGAAACACACCUUGACGAAACCUUUUUACUGUGAGAGACAGUGUCUGAGGUGAGGCAGACUAGUAGUAAAGUUUGAACUUAUUUGAUAUGUUUGUUUGUGUUGAAAUGAUUAUCUAGUUAUUAAGUUGAAAGCACACGCAUGCAAACACCUCGGAAACCCAACUUUGAAAGAUAAGCGAAGAGAAUGAACAUGCAGCGCUCUUUGUAAAAAGGCGAUAAUAUCAUUGAAAUGUAAUGAACACGGAGUGGCUACAUAUUCGUACGUAAUUUUCCGGAAAUAAUAUCAACCAACCAACUAAAAGACAACUGACCGUUAGCUUAAACGAGCGUCGAGUAGGGUACUUUUCGUGCACACAACCGACCGGUACAAGCGUGUUGCAUCUUUUAUUUUCGUAAUUUUUCAAUGUAAAACAUGCAUUAGGUGAUAAGAUGUGCCCAAGAGCUUUUUAUAUUCAUAUGUAUUUUUUUCUCAAACUUACCCAAAUUUGUCUGUAAAAUAGUUUUUUUUACAAUAUUCUCUUAUCGCUGUCAUGCAUCUAAUU